AUGCCUACAAGUCGCUGUUUGUUAAUACUAUCUCUAUUGUUAUGCAGUUGUUCUGCCCAGGAGGAUCUUCCAGAUUUGGGUGCAGAGCUCGAGCCAUUCGAUGUACCCCUUUCUGAUCUCGAGAAGGAUGCAAAACCAGUAACGACGCUAGAUGAACAAUGCAAGCGUUUUGUCAAUCAUUACAGAUAUUACUGUAGAACGUCGAACAUAGCGACUUACAAUGAGGAAGUCAGAAUUAUUUGCGAGCGAUACAGAGCAUACUGUUCUGAUCGGGUAUAUCCUUCAGUCAACCAUAUCCGACGUCAAGCCGCCUUCUGGAAGCAUUCCGGUUUACCGUUAGGUGGCCAAAAAGCUCUGGGUAAAUGUUAUUCGCACUGCAAAGAAACCGACCCAGUUUGCGUGAAUGCUUGCGAAUGUCUGCAUCUGCAGUGGUUGAUGGACUAUGAGUGUCAUCCAGGAGCUCGUGCUCCGGCUGGACCGAAUUGUCAGAGGUGGGCGCAGAAGUGUCGAGCCGUAUGGAAACCGUUGCCAGAUCUCACUCCGGCCACCUCCUAUGGCGCAUACGCUCCGCAACCGAUCGUUCGCGGAGUAUUUUAUGGAUAUGAUGGGUUAGGAAACUACCGCACUUUCAACCGUCCACGCGAUCAUGGUGUGUCCUUCUACCGAGGAACAAACACAGUGCUCGUCGAUUGGCCAGAAGGAAAAGUCUCUGGUGCAAGUACGGUGGAAGUGCCAGUGGUAGGACUUGACGUUGUCUACAAUGCUUACGACAUCGGUUUUCCGAAUCCACAACGGGCGUUGAGGGAGCUGACAAAGGACAACCCGGACCCGCUAAAUCCUGGAACAGGGCGACGACGAAGUGCAAUGACACUGCUCCGACGGCAAUGA